AAGACUUAUUCAGCCCGACUUCAAGCCGACGAAAAAUCAUUUAUUUAAACAAAACAGUAAAUUCUUCCAAUACUAAUACCGUCGAGACUAAUUUUAAGGUCAGGUUUUAUACUGGUCGCCAUUGUAGAACUCUUGGAGGCUUUUAUCGUGGAAUAGAUCGGCUCUACAUUUUUACAACGCGUGAAUUGAGCUUAGAUCUAUAUUUUACUGAAUCAUGGAGGCUGUGGACACUGUUGUACAACCCUUGAAGGAGUUUGCUAAAGAUAGCAUCAGACUCGUUAAGAGAUGUCACAAGCCAGAUCGGAAAGAGUUCAGUAAAGUGGCAUUCAGGACAGCUAUCGGGUUCGUUGUGAUGGGUUUUGUUGGGUUCUUUGUGAAAUUGAUUUUCAUUCCAAUUAACAACAUCAUUGUUGGAUCUGGAUAGGGGAUUCAAGAAACAAUGAUGGGGACUGGCAUAUACAUGCGUGAUUGGAGAUGAUUGAUUCAUGCUAUUUGUAUCGCCAGAUUUCUGUUUUCUCCUUGUAUUUCUAUGGAUACACAGCAUUUUAUACUUGUCAGAAGGGUGUCUUCAUAUGGAUUUUGAAAAUACUUCAUAUGAAGAUAAUAGAAUUAAUUAGAGUGGCAUAGCAAGAACAAUAAUCACUCUAUGAUGGUCCUUUUUUGGCAUCAGUAGGUUGAGUUCCUUUCAUGUAGAGCAAUUUAAUUCUGGGAUGUUCAGUCGUAGAGCUUACUGGCUGGAAAUUAACGGAGUAAUAUUUCUAGUUUUUGCUUCUUAAUUUUUUAUUUUAAGAAUAAUGAGGUUAAUUUUUCCCUGA